GGAGUUAGGCCUUUCCGUGUGAGAGCAUGACGGGAAAGGAGGCUGGGAGGGAGCUCACCUGGGGCUGGAGGGGGAGCAGCAGCAGCAGGAGACCCAGGUGAGGAGGAGAGCUGGGGCCUCCCCGGGCCCAGAGGGUCCCUGGCCGCAGCCAUGAUACGCUUUAUGCUGCUCUUCAGCCGACAAGGGAAAUUAAGACUUCAAAAGUGGUUUAUUACACUGCCUGAAAAAGAGCGAAAGAAGAUCACUCGAGAAAUUGUGCAGAUUGUUCUGGCUCGCAAUCAAAAAAUGAGCAGCUUUGUUGACUGGAAAGACCUUAAGCUUGUUUACAAAAGGUAUGCUAGUUUAUAUUUCUGCUGUGCAAUAGAAGAUGAAGAUAAUGAACUUUUGGCCCUAGAGGUUGUCCAUCGUUAUGUAGAGCUAUUGGACAGAUAUUUUGGAAAUGUAUGUGAGCUGGAUAUUAUUUUCAAUUUUGAAAAGGCCUACUUUAUUCUUGAUGAGUUUCUAAUGGGAGGAGAAAUCCAAGAAACAUCCAAAAAGUCUGCAGUGAAAGCAAUAGAAGACGCUGACAUGUUACAAGAGACAAUGGAAGAAUACAUGAACAAGCCUGCAUUUUAACUAGAAGCUACAUCAACGAUAGGAGGAUACAUGUACAAUCUGCCUGUUCCUAGGCACUGAAUUUUAUUUAAGAAAUGGAACAUCUCCUCUUCCCAGAAUGUUCUAAAAAAAUAUGUCUAUGCAAUAUUUAAGAUGAAGGCCAGCCAGAGCACCACAUGGAUAACAACUUAUGUGUAUUAUAUUUUAUAUGAAGUAUUUAUAAUUUAAUCAGACAUUUUUUGGCUGUCCAGAUUGAAUGUUCAUUUUUUAAGGAAACUUUUUCCCCCAGUUUUUUUUUUUAAUUCUAUGCAAUUGAUACUAGAAGAAUAUAUUUAUAUGACUUUGGGUCAGUUUCUCACCAAUUCAGUAUAAUUUUGUAAAAAAAAAAGAGCCAUUUAUUUUGAAGGUGAUCAUUUUUCUUGAUUAAUAAACAUUGUCAAAAAUC